AAGUGGCUUACUCGAAAGAUAAUAUAUGGAAUUUAAAAUGUAAAUCACAUUGGCAGUCAAGGCAUAGAGUUUUAAAAAUGUAAAUAUAAGCAAUGAAUCAUUAUUUUAGAAAGAUAGUCUCAACACAGCAACGGUGUGCUCAAACAAAUUUUCAUAACGCGCUGAUGCGCGUUACUCGAUUUGUUUGCACAAACCGGUGCGGUUAUGAGACUGUUUCUUUCAAAAUUUAAUGAAUCAUUGCUUAAAUGUACAUUGGAUAUGGUAAAUGUUUCGCACAAAAAAAAACCUGAAAAGAAAUCCUUUCAUGCUUCUUAUUUGAACCGAAUCUGCUUACUAGUCAAAAAUCCCUUUAGGUAUUAGCCUAUAGGCCAUUACAGUCAAUGUCAAGACAGAACUACCACAUUUUUCUUCGUACGAGACGAAAGAUUGUUUAAUCGGUGAGAAGGAACGUUUUAUAGGUUACCCUAGGGAAGUGUACUUUUACGGGACCCUCAACAAGAAAACAAUGGCAGAUAACGACUAUCUGUUACCCAGUGAUUCCAUUCAUGAAUUACUUUUGGAUUCGGGUCCUUCCUUUUUUCCAAUCGGAAUCGUUGUGGUUCUUGGAGCUUUGGUCUUGUCAAACAACCGUGUGCAGGAUGCGAGGCUAUCAAAUCUGCAAGACCAAUUGUUGGAAUGUGAACAAAGAGCAAACACACCGGAACAAAGGACUGUAAUAAUGUGCGGGGCCGAUGAUGGAGAAAUCCGGUGUGAAAACUCCAAAACUCUAACUAUUGUGUCUGCCAACUAUGGACGAACCGAGCCUACAGCCCAGGUCUGUCCGUCUACAUCAGCUUCAAUGGAUGAUACCAACUGUAGACUAGAUGUUCUCAACAAGCUGUCUCAAGAUUGUAAUGGUAAAACACGGUGUGCUGUUCCAACUAGAUUGAAUGACUUCGGAGGUUCCAGUGUCAAUCCGUGUCCCAGCACCUAUAAAUAUACAGAAGUUCAAUAUACUUGUUCGUAAUAUAUGCUUUGUUUUCACUUGUUUUUGUUUUCCAUUUUCGCUCGUCAAGGGUCUUCGGUCCAAGUCACACCCUAAAAACCUUCGACUAGAUAAUAUGUUUUAUGUAUUGAAAAAUGUGCAAAACUGAAAAUAAAAUGUUUUUAUGUACUGAAUAUUGAGAGAAUGCAAAGGAAUUACGUGAUUUUUGUCGUACU